AUGCCGGUCGUUUUCAACGUCACAGAGGGAGCUGGCAUCCCUUUGCAACAGUUGCUACUUCGGCAGACAAUCCACCUCCAGGCACGUGAUGAACGUAUUACAGACAUGUCCGGGGAUACAAUCUCCAUUCGCAUUGAGUGGCCUGGAUACCCAUCAUUUACGAAGCAGAUAGCUUCAAAGGACUGGAAGAAAAGAAGGUCACCGAACACACGCGAAAGGCUGGCGUUCAAAGUUGCGGGCGCCGUUCAAUCUUUCUUCAGGGAGCAUGCGAAUACUCAAUGUGAUUCAUCGAAUUCGAGAUGGCGUAUCGGUGCCAACGGAAUUCUCAUCGAGCAUCUCGCCCUUGUUUCACUACACCGCGUGUCCCAGGGAAGCUGGCAGCCUAAACUGUGUCUCCUUCGUGACGAUGCUCAGCAGUGA